AUCAGAACAAUGCUUGAUCAUGGCACCGCGGUAGCAUUGUCUUCGAUGUGGCAUAUUUAUGCAUCGCCGUCUGCCGUCAAUUCCUAGCAUCUUUCGUCUUCCACCUCCUCCCGAAAUCUUUCCAUCCACAGCCCAAGCACAAAAGAGCUCUUGCAUCCUUAUCGAUCCACAAGACCAGCGCCUGUUGAGUACGGACCUCAGAAUAGUACCACCUGUGCCCGCAUACCGUGAGUGACCGUUCUCACACUGCUCACCGGCGGACGCCCAAAAGACUAAUGCAAGCAGACCUUGCAACAAUGAUCUCUGCAGACGUUCUUGCGGCUCGCGGAGUAUCGGAUGAGUCAAGCAUGGCUUCCGAUUCCACAACGGCCCUUCAGAGAGGACCCGACCAAAUGCAAGAAUCAACUGGGGCCGACUCCGAACAAGGGGGAUCCAUCGCAACCGCACCAAGCACGCAUUCAGCUCGGAUCGAUGACAGCAUGAUCCUUUCGGAAUCAUUCGCCAUUAGAGGCGGAUAUGCGGAGUGUGUUUUGAUGUGAGGCGGUGUAUGCCUCGAACAGAUUCCGAUGGACCCCGUACACAGAAAGUGUUGGCGGUGUCUGUGUUUGAAGAGGCAGUGAGACUGCGAUUGCUUGUGGACCUUGCAAGAUGUGCUUCGAGCACAAGAGGAGAUUGGGUCCUCCGGGGAUUGAGUCUACCAGUUUCCUGAUGUGGCAGAUUAUCGUAAAUGAGUUCAUGAAAUGGCCAUUCCUUCAUUCAUAACGUGUCCGUUUUCCGUCACGAUCGUUAUUCGAUUCCUCGUCUCGGUGUCUUCGCUCUCCGACCGAGACGGCAUUGGCACCUGUUCGCUCUCGCUCCUCUCUGCCGCCUCGGUUGUCGGGCCGGAAUCGUUCGUCGAGACCCGCGCCCUCUCGACCCUUUGAAGCGACCUCUCCCCAGCGGCCUGUGUC